UGAAAACCCACAAAGAAAUCCACAGGUCUGAUGGCCACCCUCAAGAGAAGGGAAGAUUCAAGCUCCGAGAUACCAGGCCAUGUGUGUCGGGAAAGUGGAGCCUGCACGGAGUGGCUGGACCACCCAGAGAGGUUGGAGGUGGAGGAGCAGGUGCCAGACCAGAGUGUCAUGUGGAGGAAAGCACAGGAAUUCUUUCAGACAUGUGACUCUGAGGGCAAAGGCUUCAUCGCCAGGUCGGACAUGCAGAGGUUACAUAAGGAGCUACCCCUGAGUCUGGAGGAACUGGAGCAUGUGUUUGAUGCCCUGGAUGCUGAUGGCAACGGCUUUCUGACCCCAGAGGAGUUCACUACUGGAUUCAGUCAUUUCUUCUUCAGUCAAAAUAGCCAAAGUGAGGAGGAAGCUGGCAAGCAGGUGGCUCAGCUCCAAGAGGAGAAGGUGUAUCAGUCUAGAGGGGGUGACGAUGCGGAAGGUGUGGAACACGACGAGGAAGCACAGUUCCAGAUGCUGAUGGAUAGACUUGGAACCGAGAAGGUUUUGGAAGAUGAAAGUGAUGUCAGGCAGCUGUGGCUACAACUGAAGAAGGACGAACCUCACUUGCUGUCCAACUUCGAAGACCUCCUCACCACAAUCUUUGCUCAGCUCCAAGAAGCCCACGAGCAGAAGAAUGAACUGGAGUGUGCCCUCAGAAAGAAAAUUGCAGCAUAUGAUGAAGAAAUGCAGCAUCUCUACGAGGAGAUGGAACAGCAGAUCAGAAGUGAAAGGGAGCAGUUCCUCCUGAAAGACACAGAGAGGUUCCAGGCCCGCAGUCGGGAGCUGGAAAAGAAGCUGAGUGCCAAGGAGCAGGAGCUGGAACGCCUCCUCCAGAAGCAGAGCAGGCUGGAAGGCCAGUGCACAGCUCUGCACAAUGACAAGCACGAAACCAAGGCCGAGAACACCAAGCUGAGACUCACUAACCAGGAGCUGGCCCGUGAGCUGGAGCGCACCUCCCAAGAACUCCAGGAUGCACAGCAGCAGCUGGAGAGCCUCCAGAGGGAGGCCUGUGAGCUACAGCAGGAGAAGGAGAUGGAAGUGUACCGAGUGACAGAGACUCUGCAGAGGGAGAAGUCUGGCCUCCUGAAGCAGCUGGAUUUCCUAAGGGAGAGAAACAAACAUCUCCGGGAUGAACGGGACAUAAACUUUCAGAAAGAUAAGGCCGCCAAGGCAAACACAGCUGCUUCCAAGACAAGCAGGAAGCAGAGAUCUGGCUCUGUGAUCGGCAAAUAUGUGGAUGGCAGGGAAAAUCUCAGGAGCCAGUCAGUGGAGGAGGAUGAGGCAUUCGGCAUCCCGAGGAGGAGAAACUCUGUGAGCCUGAGUGCCUAUCUCCUGGCAGAGGAGGAGCCGGGAACAGGAGAGCCAGGGACUGGGCUUCCACGUCGCCAGGCUCUCCGCAGAAUCAUCUCCAUUGAGGAAGACCCCCUGCCUCAGCUCCUGGAAGGUGGUUUUGAGAAGCCACUGAGCAAAUGCCCAGAAGAAGAAGAGGUCUUUGACCAGGGGGCAGAAGGGCAAAGCAUGGCAGCUCCAGCCUUGGAACUCAUCCCUACGUCUCCCCGAGGGCAGCCUGUUGGAAAAGAAGCCCUCUACAAGGAGGAAAGCAUUUCCUCUACCCCAGACCGACUCUUCAAGAUUGUGUUUGUGGGUGACUCUGCUGUGGGGAAGACAUCCUUCCUGAGGAGGCUCUGUGAGGGUCGCUUCUCCAUAGGCAUGGCAGCCACUGUGGGCAUCGACUACCGAGUGAAGACAGUCACUGUGGACAAUGCACAGGUGGCUCUGCAGCUGUGGGACACUGCUGGGCAGGAGAGAUAUCGCUGUGUCACUCAGCAGUUCUUCCGAAAGGCCGACGGCGUGGUUGUUAUGUAUGACCUCACAGCCAAGCAAUCCUUCCUGUCCAUUCGACAGUGGCUGAGCAGCGUGGAGGAGGCUGUGGGAGACCGAAUUCCUGUUCUGCUGCUGGGCAAUAAACUUGACAAUGAGAAGGAGCGGGAAGUCCCCCGAGGCCUGGGGGAACAACUGGCCAAGGACAACAAUUUGAUCUUCUAUGAAUGCAGCGCCUGUUCCGGUCACAACACCCAAGAGUCCUUGCUCCACCUGGCCAGGUUACUCAAAGAGCAAGAGGACACAGUGAGGAAGGACAUCAUUCAGGUUGGCCCCCCUGCCAAGAAGAAAUCCUGUUGUGGUUGACAGUAGACCCUCCCCAGCCAUCCUAACCAGGCCACAGUCGUCUUCAGCCAGCAGUUCUGCAAAGGCCAAGAUCACAUGGCCACUUGACCUAGAACUUGGAGUCCUGUGCAGCUACACCUGGCAAGACCCACCCUGCCUUGUCCUUGUUGGUGAUUUGCCUCCCCUAAUGGAAGGAAGCACCUGUAGCCAGAAAGCUGCCGUUUUCUGUACCUUCAGAUCGGCUCCCCCUUCUCAUCUGUAUCCCAAUACCUAUUCCUCCCUCCUUCUGCCCCUCCAGCAAUGUGGAAAGGAGCAGAUGGGCUUUUCCAGAAAAACCACCACAUGCCUUCUCCACCUCCUUUCUCCUCUCUCCAUGCCCUCAAAAGUCUCUGAGCGCUGUGGUUGCCACGGCAACUGCGCAGGGGCAACCUGAUGCUUCUUGAAGGCCAAAGAUGUUCCAUUUGAGUGACACUGGGGUAGACUGUCUUGCUUGGCCCCUGCUCUCCAGAAACCAGAGAGCUGCUCUUGGCACACAUGUCGGGGACCUUGAGACACUGGAGUGUCUCCCUGCUUCUUCCUGAGUCCCUGAAUGACAGGCAUCACAACUUCUCCCAGCAACCGCUACAGCCACUGGAUCUGUGCUUGGGGUCUCUGCAGUGUGGCUCCUGAUGAACCUCAACUCUGACUGCAGGGUCAAUAGUGGGUGCCAACUCCAUGCCUGGAAUCACACAACAGGUGUGCUUCCUACUUAACUUUGACAGAAAAACCAAAAGAAAACCAAAAGAGGAAGCCAUGUAUGGCUGAAGAAGGGUGGCCAUUUCUGUAGGGUCUUAGUAAGAUAUGUAUCACUGCAUAAAGGGUGUUUUCUGUGGGUUUCUCUAAAUACCCCUUUGGAAAAUCACAUUUGAUUAUUGACAGGGUGGAUUGACAGCUAGGUAAGGGAGGAGGUCCCAAUACUAGGUCCAUAAUUAGUGGCUUAAUUGUAUUUCAUUUUCCUUUAUUCUGGGAGAUUGUACUCUUUAAAAUGCAGCUGUGAUGUUGACAUUUUCCGGUACUUGAGAAGUGAGCUGCCUGUAGCUACUGACUUCAGCAGAGGAUGCUUGGCCUCAGGGAUGAUCUGAAACCUGCAAGGGCCCUGCUGCUGGUCAGCGCUGACUGUCACCCUGCUGCUGGUCAGUGCUGAUUGUCUGAGUGCUAAAAAGUCCAUCCUUGUCCUGCCCAGAAGAUCACAGAGGUCUCUUUUGCAAGUGACUGACAUUCCAAGUCUACAGCCAAAGAGCUGGGGACCAGCUCCAGGGAAAGUGGGUGGCCCAACAGGUGUGACUCAUUAAGAGGAUAGAGUAUUAGGGACAACUCCACACAGCCAAAAAAGCAGGGAGAAACAGCAAGCUAGAGUUCCUAGGCAUGGUUUACAGCCCCUUCCUCAGACCCCCCCCCCCACUACCAAAGAGCCCUGGUAGUUAUCAGGCAUGUGCCCACCUGCUCUUGGCAGGCUUUUUUCCUUUUCUGAUCUAGCAUUUGCAGGGACCAGAGAGCCCAUGCAGGAUGCUUAACAGAAUCUACCCCUAUGUGCCAUGAUCUCAGCAGGACAGCUCCCACCCCAGACCCUACCAGUUAAAGAUAGGAUGGGUUAUUUGAGGCUGGGCAGCUUUCUGCUCCAGUACAUAGGAUGACUUGUGAUGACUCUGAUGACAAAGUCAUUUCCUUCAUAGGCUGGCCCCAGCUCUCAGUCAGAUUGGAGACAACUCCCCAGAAACUCCUUUUCCUAGCAGAAGGGUGUUGGUGGUGGUUACAUUUGUGGCUUGGAGCAGGCAGAAGGGGGAUGGCAGCCAGCCAGAGGUGGUGCGUUCUCUCUGUCUCUGUCUUUCUGUCUCUGCCUCUGUCUCUCUCUGUCUCUAUCUCUGCCUCUGUCUCUCUGUCUCUCUCUCUUUCUCUGCCUCUCUCUCUCUCUCUCUCUCUCUCUCUCUCUCUCUCUCUCUCUCUCUCUCUCUCUGGGGGCAGGCACAAGGGAGGAUGACCAUGGGGAGGCAGCCAGCCUCUCUGUUUCUGAGAAGAGAUGGAACUGGAUGGAUUUCAUAGAGCAAACGGGCUAUGCCUGGGAUCCUUCGGGAAAGAGUAUUGAGAGGGGAGUAGGUUUGGGAGCAGUUGGAGUGAUUAUGAUCAAAAUAUAUGUAUGUAUGAAAUCAUCAAAAAUUAAUAAAAAAUAUUUAUUUUA